ACGCGCCCACAGUUCGCGCGAAACUACUGGAUCAACACGCUGCGUCUCUGCGCCAUAAUCUGAACUCAGACUUUCAGAUCCGCUCUGUUUUACAGCGAGUUUAAAAUGCCUAAGCGCUCCUGUCCUUUCAGCGAGUCCUUCUCCUCCCAGUACAAGAUCCAUGUGGGCCAGAAGGAGCUCAGCCAGCACGGAGUGUUCGGUAACCAGUACAGGCAGGAGGUAUACGAAAAGACCAAGAACCUCCUCUUCAAUGGGACCAAAGCAGUGAUGGAGCGAAUUUGGAAGGUGGAUGCAGAGGGGAAGUGCUCGGAUUCAGACAUGAGCAAUCCGGGUGAUGCACCCCAUCCGACAAACAACCAGAUGCUUCUCAGAGGACAGACUUUGAUUGGUCUGGAUGGCAAACUAAAGAAGACCAACUCUGUUCCAGAUGCUGCGACUGCUCCUGCAGUGUGUGGAGUCUGCCAGAGGGCGUCAGGAGUGAGGAGGCCCUGCUCACAGUGUGAACGUCCUGCAUGUCCCACCUGCACCCAGCAGUGCAGCAGCUGCUCCAGCCACUGCUGCUCUAUAUGCACUGUUACUGAUUACACAGACCGCUAUGACCGGGUCCUCUGCUGCAGCUGCUCUUCAUAAGGUGGAAGGAAGGAUUUGGGAAUGAAUGAAUGGAUGGGUGGAAUUGUGUAAAGCUUCUGCUGGGGUUUGCUUUUAACUCUGUCAUUCCAUGCAGUGUAAAUGAAUGUCAUGUAUAUGAAUUUUAUGCUUGUGUAUCCCAGUCUUGUACAUAUGUAAUUUUUACUUGUUGCAAUAAUAAACUUGUACUUUGAUAGUUAA